GGUCACCGUCGCGCUAACCAUGGGCCUCGCUCUGGUCAAUCGAUCAAUCGCCGGCGUGAUACCGCUGGACGGCGGCGUUCUCCAUGAUCAUCAUGCCUCGGUGGCUAGCUCGUACAUGCACUUCCACGGGCCGGUGCAGGGUCCGGAGUACGAGGUGAAGGUGCCGCACGUCGUGCUGGACCACCACUUCGGCGAGCAUAACUACCUGCAUCAGGAGCACGAGCAUCGCCACCACGACGGCUACACGGUCGACUACGUGGCGAAUCCGAAGUACGAGUUCUCGUACGGCGUCGAGGACCAUCAUACCGGCGACUUUCACGGCCAGAAAGAGUCCAGGGACGGGGGCAAAGUGUCGGGGGAGUACACCGUCAAGGAUCCGGGCGGCACUCUGCGAGUUGUCAGUUAUCACGCGGACAAGGAGGGCUUCCACGCGGUGGUGCACACUUCCGGAAAGAAUGAUCAUUCGGGUGGGGUCUAUGGUGGUCAGGGCCAAGGGCACGAUGUGGAUGGCCACCUUCACGAGUACGCCGCCGCGCUCGCGGGCGUGGGCUAUUGAGAAAAAAGAAGAUGAUGCCGAGAGGGAUGCUGCGCCGUGUGGCAACCGGUGACUGAUCGCUUUUGUACCUGGCACGAUUACACCCUACUUCCCGAAUCGCGUCGACGUUGGUGUUCCCAUUUCGCAUACCAAAGGCAACAGCGCGCUGUCCGUCCGACAUUACACGCGGGGAUAACGUAUUACAUAUAUAUUAUAUUGCCGUUGUAAAUACAUACAUACAUUGUAUACGUACGCCAUCAAUAAACCGAUGUGAGCUUAAAGGCGCGUAAUUACUUCUCGCG